ACCCCAAGACACAAUAGAUAGUACACCUUUAUCGCCACAUGCAGCAGAAUUUGAGAAGAUGCCCAAAUCUGUAUGCAAAAAGUGUGGAGUCACCAUGCCCCUGCAAGUUUUGGCUCUACAUGUUGACAGCUGUGCAGUAGAGUCAGAGAAUGCAUCAGAAGAAAGUCCGGAUGAAGACAUAAUUUAUGUCAGUGAGGAAAAAAAGAUCAAAACGAGCAUGGAACUAUGUCCAGUUUGUGGAAGUUCUUUUCCAGAAGACAUGAUUGAAUUCCAUGCUAGUAUCUGUGUGGAGAAUUGCUCUAGAGAAAUGGAGAACUUUUCAGAGUGGACUGAGGAUGCUGUGGCUGGACCAUCCCACAGCAGAGAAGAUGGAGGGAUGCUACAUCUGAACAGCCGGAGGUAGCCCAUUCAUCCAACAGGGGCGAAGGUGGCGAGGAUGGUGUAGCCGGGCCAUCCAACAGGAGAGGUGAUGCAGAUGCUGUAGCCGGGCCAUCUCUUGAUGGAGAAGACUGGAAGAAGAUAAGUGAUCCAAAAUUGGCUGCAGAUUUGUACAAAAAAAAUCUACUGAGUGCUGAAAUGCAGGGACAGCCCUUGCGCUUCAUGAUGGACCUCAGGGAAGACAUAGAGGAGCAGGACAGAGCGAUAAUCUCUUUCUACAAACGACCAAAUGUCAACUGGGCAGGACCAUUUUCCUGUAUCCUCAGAGGUGAUGCCGCCACUGGUGAAGGGGUGACCCGUCAUGUUCUCAGUACUGCCGUUUUAAAACUGACAAAAGGCUUCAUGAUCCCUAUUGGUAACACAGGAUCAACCUUGUUAUUUGAGGGUGAGCCAGAUCAUCUUGUGCCCUCCACAUCACAAACUCUAGUGGAGAGUGACCUUUUCCUAAUGGCCGGUAGGAUGGUUGGCCACUCCUUCAUCCAUGGUGGUCCUUGUUUGCCAGGAAUCAGUCCUGCUGUGAUACAUGUUUUACUAGGAAGACCAACUGAAACAGCCACUAUUCAGCUACAAGACUGCCCAGACCUAGAUCAUCGUCAAACUAUACAGCUGCUUGAGGGUGAUGCCGAACUUACAGAGCAGGACAAGAAAGCCAUCCUAGACUUGGCUAUGUCUUGGGACCUCCCUGGUGUCACAAAUGACAACAGACAUUGGCUGUUCAACAGACUCCUGUAUCAUGCUGUCCUUGGAAGAACCGUUCGUCAGAUCAAACAGUUCAGACGUGGUCUAAAAGACACAAAAGUUUGGUCUCUGCUUCAAGAACGUCCAGAUGUUGUCCCUUUGAUGUUCCCCAGGCAGUCAGAAGCUGCAUGCUGUCCUCAGACUAUCCUGAAUAAUAUCGCAUGGCCUGCUGAGGAGGAGGAUGAUGACGAUGAGGAUACAUAAUCACUUCCCGUUAAAUGUCGCAUUGCAGAGUACCUCCGUCAUUUCAUUGAAAAUGGAAGUGCUUCUACACUUCAGCAGCUUGUGAAGUUUUGGGUUGGAUGGGAGCUUCCCUCACGUGGCAUGAAGGUUGAAGUGGUCCAUGCUAAUCAUCCAAGAUCAUCAACAUGUUUUCAAAUCCUGCGCUUGCCUGGUCACUACACUACAUUUAAUGAGUUUUCUAUGGAUCUUGAGGCCUGCAUUGCAACAUGUGACACAGGAUUUGGGUUGGUGUAAUAGUGUGAUCUGCAUCACAUAGUAAUUUGCAUAAAUUUGCUUAUUAGCCAAACGUUCAUAAUGUAGCAUAUUAAGUUCAAAUAUUAUUCCACAGAGACCAAAACACCAGCUGAUAAUGGACAGUUCAGACACAUUUUACUAAUGCUGAAUAACUUAUGUGGUAAAAUAUGUUUUCCUGAUCCAGCAGCUUUCCAAGUGCAAAGUUAUUUUCAGUGUUAUGAUGUUAUCAUAAGCAUAAGUAUAAUUUGCCAAACAUCUAUGUUAUUCAAAAAAAAUUGUUCAGUUCAAAGAGUGAUCUACAGAGAACCUCACCUGAUAUUAGACCAUUCCAAAAGAAAUCAAUUAUUGUCACUGGCUUAAAGUAAACUUCUGUGAUUCUGUUAAUGUCAGUGUCACGAUAUAUG